GAGGCUGGAAUGCAGCUUGUUGUGUCUAUACAGAAGUAAUGCAGUUGCGUCAGUGGCGGACGCAGGGCAGGCUAAAUGCGCCUGAUCUCAGGCAGCGAAAGUAGAGGCGAGCUGUGGGGAGAGAGGAAAAAGUUCUCAACAAGGAGAGGCAGGACUACUCUUACGGAGCCCCUGCAGUCUCGCUUUUUAUGCCUCUAAAAGACUUUUCCUGCCAUCUUUUUGCAUUUUCGCUCUGCAACACGCCUUUGACGUCUCCGAAAGCGAAAUCCUACUUUUUAACUUGAGUGAAAACACCAGCACCAUGGAGCUGCUCUGCCUCGAAAUGGACACCAUCAUACGAGCUCGUCCCGACGCGAAUCUUCUGUGCGAUGACAGAGUGCUGCAGCGCUUGUUGACUAUCGAGGAGAGGUUUUUACCCCAAUAUUCUUAUUUCAAAGGCGUCCAGAAAGAUAUUCAGCCGUUCAUGAGGAGAAUGGUGGCCACUUGGAUGUUGGAGGUUUGUGAGGAGCAGAAGUGCGAGGAAGAAGUUUUCCCCUUGGCCAUGAACUACUUAGACAGAUUUCUAGCAGUGGUACCCACCAAAAAGUGUAACCUGCAGCUGCUGGGAGCAGUGUGCAUGUUUCUUGCAUCCAAAUUGAAAGAGACUCGUCCAUUAACUGCAGAGAAGCUGUGCAUCUACACAGAUAACUCCAUCAGACCACAAGAGCUGCUGGAAUGGGAACUGGUGGUGCUGGGGAAGUUGAAGUGGAACCUGGCAGCAGUAACGCCGAACGAUUUCAUCGAGCACAUCGUGAGAAGGCUGCCGCUGCCCGAGGAUAAGCUGGCACUUAUUCGGAAACAUGUGCAGACCUUCAUUGCCCUCUGCGCCACAGAUUUCAGAUUCGCCAUGUACCCUCCAUCCAUGAUCGCUACAGGAAGUGUGGGGGCGGCGAUCUGCGGCCUGCAGCUCGAUUCAGCCGACCAGUCACAGUGGGGCGACAGUCUGACGGACCUGCUGGCAAAAAUUACAAACACAGAAGUGGAUGUUCUAAAAGAGUGCCAGGAGCAAAUCGAGCGCGUGUUGGUGAGCAGCCUACGCGAAGGACGGCAGCAGCAACAGCAACAGCAGCAAACUCAGAGAGGCCCGAGUGGGAAAGGCCUGGACGAGCUGGAUCAAUCCUCCACCCCGACAGACGUCCGCGAUGUCAACUUGUGAAGCAGCAGAGGGCAUCAUUGCACAGGAUUUACAAAAACAAAAAUAGAAACCAACAAAAAAAACUCAAUUUUCUUAAAAGCAGAAAAAAAGAACAAAAUGUAAAAAUGUUAAAAACAAAAGACAGCAAUGCUUGCUAGUUUAUUUUUGUGUGUAGAUUCUCUGUUCUACAAGUCGAAAACACCUGCUCGCAGAAUAGAUUUUCGAUGACGUUAUAGCAUAAAUGCAUCAAAUUUGAUCCGAGAUGAAGCUCUGUGAUGCCUUGGAUAUCCAGAAGGGAAGCCAAUCAUAUUUGCAUUCUGCCUGAUUGUAUAGUAUGAUCGUUUAAGUUAUAUUUUAACUAUAGAUUGAUAAUGAGGCCGAGACGGAAACUAUUUGGAAACUGCGGGAUCACACUGGGGCUUCUAUCGCUGCGUUACGAGUACUGUCACCAUUACGUUUGUGGCCGCUGAACGAGCUCCUCGACUGUUGUGUGCUGAGUGUGCGACUGUGGGUGGAUCGCAUUAUCAGGGAAGACCCGGGAUGAUGAUAAUUAUCAGUAGUAUUAGUAAUUGUUAUUAUUAUUAUCAUUGGACGUAUUUUGAAAUGAAUAGUAGAGAUCAAUAAGCUCCUUUUGUCUGGCUGCUUGUGCGUCAGUUUGUGGAUGCAAGCGUGUUUUUGUGUGUCUGAGUGUGUGAUUCUGUGUCUGUUAACGGUGAUUCUACAGCGAAAGGCACUUGAAUAAAGUCGCAGGCUUACAGUUCUGUAUUUAACGACAGCGGAGCGAGCCGAGGCUACGUAUACUUCCUCCAUCCGUGGAACUGGGCAUCUACGCUGCGUCACUGCCGUCGUGCAUUAACAGUGUGUCGUGGUUCAUUGUUCUGCAACAAUAAACCUGUGUGUGUGGACCACGAGUGAGACGACACAGGCCGUUAUCUUUCUCGGAGGUCGUGUGAGGCGUUUGGUUAUUACUGCCAUUCCGUCGCUCUUUGCGAUGACGUGUUUUUUGUGUCUGGAUGGGACGUGCGCAGCGUACGUGGCACAUGUGAGAGUCUUGAGGAAAGUUUCAUUCUUCUGCGUCGGCGAGCGCAGAGCGAGAUGAGCGCAGGCUGAGGGGGAGGCGCAGCACCGGGUGGCGGGACAGAGUUUUAGUUUUUAGUGGUGCAGAAGUUUGCUGCUGUGUAGGAGACGUGGCGGUGUACAGCCAGAGGCUGGAAGAUGACGAACAAUAAAGCUGGUCCGUGGCUGGCGUCAGGACUUACGUCUUGUAACGGAUACAACGACACACAAAGAUGUUCCUGGUUUUCCGUUUACAUGGAAAUGACGAGGAAGUAAGACCGUACGCUGCCAGGUCACGCGUUGGGGAAUCUUUUGGGGCGGGGGGGUUAGGGGGGGUAGAGGAUGACAAUAACUGUCAAAGCUCAUCUGGAGUACCGCAUAGGGUUGUUUUCAACACCCCUGUAUGAUUUUAAUGGCAAAGCACUUUGCAAACAUGCUCCCCAGGAGAUGAUUAGAUUGACGGUGAUUGGAGGUGAAUAGAUGUUUCAUUUUUUCCUCAUUAGCCUUUUCUUUGGUUUACUUUGAAGGGCUGGUUUCCCAACCGUCAGUCAUUUGCCUUUAAAGGAGGAGUCAAAUUAAAAAAAGGCUUCCCGCGACGUUCCGUAUAAGCACAUUCCAAACAAAGAAACAAAGAAACAACAUUCCCAGUCAAGCAAAUUGCAAGUUGAUUUAGAUCCUGAACAAAUAAGAGCAUGAAUUCACACAGCUUUCUGAUCUGUGGGGUCAAGUCGAUUUUCUUUUACAAUGUCAAGAAAUGAUUUUGUUUUUACUUGAAUUUUUCUUUCUAUUUAUCUGCAUCACAGCCAGGGAGGCGGGGCGCUACCAGCAAGGGUGGUCUUAACAUCCAGGUUUGCACAUGUUCUUUAAAGGGCCAUGAGGUUUGCAAUGUUAAGAUAAAGCAACGCCUUUGUUUAAAAAAGAAUUUGUGUGGCAGUGGUUGGUCAGUUGUUGUUUUCUUGUUGUUUUCUUUUCCUUUAUGUUUGUUUCUGUUUAUGGUGCUGGCUUCUGUAGCGCCCGUCCAGGCCAGUUGUCUGUCAGUGAACACAUUUCCCCGGUGAGCUUUGCUGCUUCGAAUCAUUAGCAAGGGGAUUCAUCUGCCAGGCAGACAGCAGAACAAAACGUGGCUUUGUCACAGCAAGGUGUCUUUGACUUCUUUUUAUUGUUUUUCCAUGACCAUGUGUAACUUUGCUGAGUGUGAAUGUGGGGAUCGGAUGAUUUUCAGUAAAACUGAGCGAUUUCAUGACCCGUUUGCCAAAUCGUCCCCCAUCUGAAUAUUUGGUAUGACCCCUUUAUUUUGCCUGUUUUCCUGACGUAAGCUCUUUCCCAAACUUGUGAUUCUUCCUGCAAUAUGUUGUUGCAUAUGUUCUAUUUUGAGACCACCUUUGUCAAUUUGUGUUUGAUAAUAUUUUACGGGGCGACCAGACCCACAAAGGGUUUUUCUAAGACUUAGAGAUACUGUAUUCCAAAGUGAAGAGAGGACAGAGGAGGACUGAAGACAUCGACAACGACAAAAAAAAAAAAAAAGUGUCAAUAUUUUAUUGUAUUUUUUGCGCUGCUAAAAGCUAUGAAUUUGUUUCAUUUAUACAAAAAAAUAACAUUACUUAGUUGUGAUGUGUCACUUGAGUGUGCUGCUAUUUUAUAAACAUUUGUAUUAUAAUAUAAUUAUUUUACUGCUUAAGAGAUACAUUCAGAAACCGAAGUAGAUGGUGAUAGAAGAACAUGAAACGAGUAUUCGACUGGAAAUGUUCAUUGUACAGUUUGACCGUUUGCUUAGAUAGCAUGUCUCGUUUUCCCCUUUAUCUAUUUUUGCUCUCCUUCUUCAGUCACAUCCUGCCCAUCGGUGAUAUUUCCGAUACCUCAAGAUUACUGGAUUUUAAAAAAACGCAAAUUCAUCAGCUAUACCUCUGCAGUUAGGGAGCCUGAAACGGAGGGGAAAGAAAAGAGCGACGUGUUCUGUCGCUGUGUUAGUUGGAAAACGACUCGCUCGGUGAGAUGGGGAAACCGGAAAUAUGCAAGGCUUCCACUUGGACUCUUUUGGAGGGGGAGCGCCGUGACGUUGCAACAGCUUCUUUGAGGAUUUUGUACCGCAGAUAGUUCAAGCAUGUUCACUACUGUCCGUGUUGGUGCUACAGCUGACUGUGUGCAAGCGAGCGGCAAAAACAGCAUUCCUAUGAUGGCCAAAGUACAGUUCUUGCUUUAUAUAACCACAAUCACUAUGAAUGUCAUUAAAUAUCGAUUCUGUAUGUGAGAAACGUGCGUUUUGGUCUAAAGAUAUUGUGUGUGCACCACUGGAGCUGACCUGUGGCAUCCAGUCGUACGUUUUCUGGAAGUUUCAAUGGUGCAGAUUUCCCUUCAAAUCGCCCGCUCCCCCUCCUCUAUAACUCAUAUCAUGUACCUCAAAUGUCUGUUGCACAACCUCUGUUCAAUAAACGUCUGCUUUAAAGGGUGUGACACCACAUCAGCUCACUA